AUGGUUAAUCCACCACAACCAAGGCAACAGCCACCAACUUCGCCACGUGUGCCCACUGCACAAAUGUCAGCAAAACACUCUCCAAGUGUAUCUCAUGCUCAAUUGCAUUUUCAACAGCUGCAACAUCCUAGUCAUUCCCAUCAACAACAUCAACAACCGCAACUGCAACUUUAUCACACAAAUACUGCAUCAUCACAAUCAUCGCAGGCCUCGAAUACAUCUGGCCAAGGCUCUGCUGCCUCGUCUAACUUUCCUCAUGCUCAUUCUUCUCACGGACACAGUAUUAGCCAUGGACACAAUCAUAGCAUCAGUCAUGGAUCCAACCAUCCAUCUCGCAAGCCAUCAAUUGUUGAAUUGUUGAGCUCCCCACCACCAUUGCCAGUUGAUCUGGAUGAGGCGAUCCACCACUUGAGUUUAUCGAGAAACCCAUCCAUUAGUUCACGGACCUCAACAGGGUCAGCUAACCCAUUUCUGUAUGGUGGAGUUCAUAGCUCUGCAUCACCACAAGAAAGUGUGCCUGGUGGCCCAGCAAUUGGUGGGAUAGAUUGGAGUGAUGUUCCGUUGACUGAAGUUGUUCAAUCAAAUAAAUUGAUUAGUAUUCAUUGUUCUCAUUCUGUACAAGCAGCAUUUGAAACUUUGGUCAAGAAUGAUUUAACUAGUGUUCCUGUGUCAGUAUCCAAGGAUGAUCCAAGUGACUUAAGAAACUGUUUGACAUUUGAUUAUAGUGAUUUGAACACUUAUUUGUUGUUGAUUAUGAAUAAAGUUGAUUAUUCUGAGUUAAAUGUUGAAGAAAUUGGUGAACCUACUCACACUUUGCAAGAGAAACAUGAGAUAAUCACUCAAGCUGUCAAUAAAGCCAAGAAGGGAGAAGAAGUGCCCGUGGAAUUUAUCAUCAAAUUGCAUCCAAAGAAUCCAUUUAUCAAAUUUGUUGAAAAUGAUACCUUGUUUUCGGUAAUGGAAACAUUGGGAAAUGGUGUUCAUAGAGUAGCAAUUACUAAUGGAGAGUCAACAAAGAUUACUGGUAUUCUUUCGCAAAGAAGAUUGAUCAAGUACAUGUGGGAGAAUGCAAGAAGAUUCCCACUGUUGGAAUUUUAUCUUUCGUCAACUAUACAAGAUUUGAAGAUUGGAUCAAGUAAGCCAAUUACUAUUUAUGAUGACCAACCUGUUUUGGAUGCAUUGUAUAAAAUGUUUUAUGAAAAUGUUUCAUCAUUGGCUGUUAUUGAUCGUACAAAGACUUUAAUCGGUAAUAUCUCCAUUGUUGAUGUUCGUAACUUGACUAGCUCAAAGAAUUCACAUAUGUUGUAUAAAUCAGUGUUGAGUUUUAUUAGUUACAAUUUGUCACAAAAGGGAAUUGAAGAAGGUAAGGAUCAAUUUCCAAUUUUCCAUGUCAAUAAUCAAAGCUCAUUAGGAAGGGUUAUUGCUAAGUUGGUUGCUACUGAGUCACAUAGAUUAUGGGUUGUGGACACUUCUAGAAAAGCCAGUAGUAUAUCAGCGCAAGGAUCAAGUGCACCAAAUAGUGGCUCAAACAAUAGCGGUGUCACUUUUGGCUACCCACAGCCAGCAGACGCUUCAAUUUUAAACAAAGCCGCUAGUGCUGAAGGUCGUGAACAGAGCCAAGCCGUUGCCAGUGAAUAUUCUGGAUCCAAUGCUAGUCAAUUGGGAGCCGGGACGGCCUUAGCAGCUAGCUCUAUCCAACAAGAACAAGGCUACCUCGGAGGAACUGGAAAAUUGAUUGGUGUCGUUACCUUGACAGAUAUUUUGGGUGUGUUUGCUACAUCAAAGGGCCGUCGAACUGAUCCUCAAUCCGCUAGAAAUUUCAGAAGAAGAAGUUCCACCUCAACUACAAGAUCAUCAAUUGAGAGUCUAGACAAUACAAUAAGUGGGGUAUUGAAUGCCGCCGCUGCUGCCGGUGGUAGUGCAAGUGCAAGCGCAAGCACUAGUGGAAAUAAUAACACCACAGGUCAUGGCAAUGUACACUCUGGUACUGGUUCGAACUCAGCUACUGCUGGUGUUGCUAGCUUGGGAUCAAAUAAGAAUGCUAGUUCAAGUAGUGUAGCAUCCAAUCCAACUGCUACUGGUGGAUGUGGCGCUCCCGGCUCAUCUACAAGCUUCAAUACUACUAGAUGA